AUGGGCUGGAUGACUCGAACCGUCGAGGACGCCGCCCUGCUGCUGCAGGCUAUGGCCGGUCCCGAUGAAAACGACCCGGUUACGGCGGACUAUCUGGUCCCUGACUAUGCCGGUGCCCUGGCAAAUCCCGCCGCUCCCAGGAUCGGUGUUAUCCGCCAGUUCUUCUACGAGCACGCGGACGAAGAGACCCGGCAGCACACCGACAAGAUUGUCGAGAGGCUGGCCGAGUCCGGCGCCGAGGUUGAGGAACUGCCGUUGCCAUCCAGUAUGGAAAGUGCUAUCCAGGACCAGCAAAUCAUCAUGGCAGUGGAGGGUUCCUCAUUCCACGAACCCAUGUACCGCAGGCAGGCCCAGGACUACCAGCCCGGCAUCCGAGGAAUGAUCAAGAGAGGUCUGGACACCGAUGCCGUCACCUACUCCCGUGCCAUGGAACGGCGGCGGCUAUUCAUAUCCGAUACCCACAAGCUGGCACAAAGGGUGGACAUACUGCUGACCCCUUCAAUGCCGACGCCGUCCCUGCCCGACCUGACCAACACCGGCAAUACCAUGUUCCAAGGCCCCUGGACCUCCUGCGGGUUGCCUGCCAUCACCGUUCCUUUCCGGGUUGGCUGCCUCGGGGCUGCCAUUGGGCAUUCAGCUAGUGGGGUCUUACUAUGGGGAAGCCGGGUUGCUGUCGGCUGCCAGGUGGUGCGAAGAAGCAUUAGGGGUUAG